CACAGCCGGGGCCUCCCGCAGUGCCAGAGCUGCACAGCAGCGGGACCAGCGUGGGGAGGAUUGUCAAUAUUUGCCCACUUUGGGCUCUCCGGAGGAGGGGCCCUGCUGAGGGUGCAGAGCCAUAAAAGGUGUGACCAGCAGCACCUCAGGCUCACCAAACCCCGGAGCUGCCACCACCAGAAUGAAGCUCCUGUCGCUGCUGCUCUUCUUCCUAGGACUGGCCCUUGCCAGCUGCAACUUGGCCCAGUUUGGACUGAUGAUUAAGCAGAAGACCGGGAGAUCUCCGCUGGCUUACAACGGAUACGGCUGUUACUGCGGCUGGGGGGGCUCCAAGCAGCCCGUGGAUGCCACUGACAGGUGCUGCCACGCCCAUGACUGCUGCUACAAGAAAUUGGUUUCCUCCGGCUGCAGCCCCAAAACGGCCACCUACAAAUACACCUUCCGAAGAAACCAAAUAACCUGCGGGACUGGGAACUCCUGCCAGAAGCGGACCUGUGCGUGUGACAAGAAGGCGGUGGAUUGCUUCCAGAGGGCAGCCAGGUCCUACCGCAGGUCCUACGACAACUACCCCAGAUCCAAGUGCAAGGGCAGAACACCCUCCUGCUGAACACUGGGGCUCCAAACCUGACACAAACCAUCACCCCUGGGGGUUCUGCCUUCCCUGUGGCCACGCAGGACACGGCACAGCCCUGGGGCACCGAAGAGGUGCCCAGCACCUUUCCCCAGAGCCUUAGCACAGGGAAAACCUGCUUCCUGUGGUUAAAUAACUCAUAAAAAUGAGGUAAAUCUUGCAAAUAAAGAUAUGUUUUUAAAUUGUGA